AUCUGAACGAGUAAAGCAAACGCGUUCGAGAACUCUCAUAGCAGUGAAGUGAAGUCAAAUCCCUAGAUUGACUUGCUCAACGGCGAUUUCAUCUCGAUAAUUAGCCAAUGUCUUCACCGGAGAGGAAGAGGAAGAGGGUGACGUCGACGAAGAAUCCAUCGGUUAAGAAGAAGAAGAAGAUUUCACCGGUGCCGACGCCGAUACCGUCACUUCCUGAUGAUUUGCUUGUAAGUAUCUUCGCACGAGUCUCCAGAUUGUAUUAUCCGAUUCUCUCUCUUGUCUCCAAGAGCUUUAGAUCUCUCCUCCGUUCACCGGAGCUUUACGAGACACGGUCACUAUUAGGCCGAACCGAGAGUUGUCUGUAUUUGUGUUUACAGGAGGGAAAUCCUGAUCCGAACCCUCUCUGGUUCACUCUCUGCAUGAAACCUGACAGAACCCUAAAAAAUGGCAAGAAGAAGAAGAAGAAGAAGAUGUCAAGUGGUAAUCUUUUGAUCCCAAUUCCAGUUCCUAAUCCCCCUCUUGAGCACUGGUCAGGUCACGCGUCUGUUGGUUCCGAUAUCUACUUCUUUGGCGGAUACAUGGAGGAGAAUGUGCGUUCCUCUAGAGUCGUGAUCCUAGACUGCCGGUCUCACACGUUGCGUGAGGCUCCAAGCCUGCAGAUGGAAAGGUCGGACCCUGCUGCUAGUGUUAUUGAUGGAAAGAUUUAUGUAGCUGGAGGUGUCGACGGUGAUGAUGCAGAUUCCUUGUACCCGAUAGAAGUGUUCGACAUAAAGACCCAAAUUUGGGAUCAUAGGCCCAUCCCUUACUGGGAGAAAGACUGGGGCGCUCUAUCAAGAAGCGCGUAUGUUGAUGGAAAGUUCUACUUGACGAUUGGGAUGAAGGUUAUGGCUUAUGAUCUAGAGGAAAGUAGAUGGGACUUUGCUGGAUAUCAGAUGGGUCAGAGUUGGUUUUGGUCUUGUAAUUGUGUUAUAGAGAAUGUUUUGUACUGUUAUGGUGAUGCUUUCCGAUGGUUUGACACUAAGCUGAGAUUGUGGAAAGUUAUGAAGGUGAAAGGACUACCUAAGUUGUCCCGUAAUGUCGAUGUUAAGAUAGCAGAUUAUGGUGGAAAGAUGGCGAUUUUUUGGGACAAUCCUUCCCCUUCUGCUUCCGAUACGAACAAAAUAAUUCGGUGCGCGGUGAUUGCCCUUGAAAGGCCCAACAGUGAAGAGAUUUGGGGGACGGUCGAGUGGCAUGAGGCAGUGCUUACAGUUCCUGUGUCAUAUGAGUUUGAACAUGCUCUAGCUGUUACCGUUUGAUGAAUGACAGACUUGAAUGUGGUGAAUCUUUAAUGGUUUGUGGGUAUUUGAUCAUUUUGUUGUAUGAUUGUGUCUUGUCUUUUUAGCUCUUAUGACUUAUGCUAUUGACAUUGUUUCACUUGUAAACCUUUGAUGGUUAGCUUUCUUUCUGCUGCUACAGUCAGACCUAUGAAACACUGUUUUGGUUGAAAAGAAAGUUUAAUACUUUCAUUGUGCAAGUAUGUCUCAUGUCAUUGUACGUUAUGGAAUCAUCC